UAUUUUUAACCUUACGAUUAAUGAAUAUAUACAAAACAUAAACGCGGUACCAAUUGUAUGUUGUAGUAAUCCAAUGCUUUAAUAUGCUUAAAAAAUUUUUCUCGGUAACCAUUACUGAUAAAUGGCAAGAAAAAUGAUAGUGUUCUUCAAAUAUGUUUUGCAAAUAUUAUAUGUUCGGUGCUCCAACAAGCCGGUUCGUUUUGUUGGUUCAAUAGUGAUAGUGUCACAAAUUCCUGGGAUAAGCUUUUAGACUGAAAGAAUCCCAAUAAAUAAAUGAAAAGUUGAGGACUUCUGUCACAAAAAAUCUUCCCUAACAAAACACAGCAUCACAGUCUCCAGGGAUGAAAUGGAAUUUAAUAUCGAAGACUUUGUACUAGGCAGCAGUUGACACGAGAACGAAUACAUUAAUUCCGACAAAUUUUAAAGUCUCUAGUGUAUUAAACCACAUGUUAUAUAUGGCGACACUAUUAUAAACACUACUAAUUACAUCUAGCAUUACAGAUUAUAAUGUCGACGAAUAUUUUAGUCCGUUAAAGCCUGUCAAUAUACAAACAGCGAGCGAGCCAUGUCGCCGGACCAAAUGGAAAAUCACCUGGAAGAUAAUAUACUCGAGCCGGGCUCGGAAUUGUUUUCGUUCUUCGAUUUUCUACCUUUGGAAGAAAUCAAAAAUAGUGAUAGUGAUAACAGUGAUACGGACCGAAGAGACUGCUCAGUGCUGAACAGUGACGACAAGUUCCUGGACAGCAUUCUGAAGGGGUUCCUCGAAUCGCCCGAAAACAAAGACUUGCAAUACUCGCAACUGGUACAAGAACUGUGUAGUGAUAACAGUGUUUUACAACUCAAUAGUGAGAACAAUGUGAUGGACAGCAACUCAUCAAAUGCAACUUCAGUACUUGGUGUGGACUUAGACAUUUACUCAGACAACAAUGUAAUAGUGGACAAUUUCCUGACCCACGACCUAGACAGCUUCUUCAACAACAACGAACCAGAACUGGACUUGGACUUGUCGACGCGAGUCAACGACUUCUACCUCAACACGCAGCAGGACAACUUGCUGACGUUCGAUCAGCAGGACAUCAUCAGCAAGUUCCCCCACAUGUACGACGAAAGGAACCGCCGAAGGCGCUCCCUCCUGUACGAAAGCCCCUACGACCCGAACAAAAUCAAAGAAAACAAGACUAUUUUCGACGAAAAGAGUGGCAGAAAACACGACGCUCUAUUGUCCCACGACUACACCCACAAGAAGUCUGAAGAGGAAAAGUAUUUCCCCUGCCCAAUGGCCAACUGCAACAAGAUCUACGCCAAGUCGUCGCAUCUGAAGGCGCACCUGAGGAGGCACAGCGGGGAAAAGCCGUUCAUCUGCAACUGGCAAAAUUGUACGUGGAAGUUCUCCAGGUCGGACGAGCUGGCGCGACACAAGAGAUCGCAUUCUGGCAUCAAGCCGUACAAGUGCGAGAUGUGCGAAAAGGCCUUCGCCAGAUCGGAUCAUUUGUCCAAGCACAAGAAGGUGCACAAGAAGAAGAUGGCUCUGACUGGGUGUUACAACAGUAAGAAGCGCGGACGGUACAAUUAAUCGUUCUCAGGUUUACUCAUAUGUAUCGUUAUUUUAUUUGUAUUUGUAUGAAAAUAUAUUAUAUUCAGAAAUGGUGUUUCGUUAUAGGCAACCCUUCUAACAGCAUAAGCAGUAU